AUGGCGCUCACACCCGCUGCAGCACGCAGCUCAGCACGGUCGCUCAUCCGCACCCUGGGCGAACUUCAUCUCACCGCACCGACCUCCGUCCGAUAUGCUUCCACCUCCUCCUCCUCCUCCUACACGGAAGCGCGCACGCCUCGUCUGCCACCCGUCGCGCCCCUUGCAGCACGCCUAAAACCCGCCUCGCCCGCCUACUACACCGGUCGUCCCGCCUACAUCGACACACUGCUCUCUCUCGAGGAGCUCACGCGUCAAACGAAGCGUUUGCUCGAACAGACGCAUUUGCUGCCACCCAACUCGUCCCCGCCGUCGCUCGCCGCGACGAACCGGGGCAACCUCUGGCUUGGUUCCGACGAGCUUUCCGAAGUCAUCGGUUCGGGUCUCAAAGCAGCGCAGUAUCGACAGAUCGUCUCGCGCUUGGGGUUGCUUUCGAGGUACGCCGGGUUGGUUCGUCUGCUGGAAGGAAGCGAGUUGGUGGGGAAAUACCACGAGACGUUGGAAAAGUACAUGAACGAGAAUGCCAAGAACAACAACAUGCUUGCGUCCAAAGACGUCGAUGGCGCACUUUGGGCGGCAAGCGAGAAGAAAAUCGAUGGUAAGGGACGAGCGUAUUCGAUGGGGAGGAGGAAGGAGUCGAGUGCGCAAGUAUGGAUCGUACCAGCCAAAGACGUUGGUCAGGUGCUGAUCAACAACAAGCCACUCGCAGAGUACUUUACGCGGACGGCGGAGAGGGAAGCCGUGACGUGGCCGAUGAAGUUGACGAGCACCUUGGGGGCGUACAAUGUGUUUGCGCUGACGAGGGGUGGGGGGAAGAGCGGACAGGCAGGUGCGAUCGCUCAUGCGUUGGCGAACGCUAUUGUGGCCGAAACAGGUCAUGGGCUGGGCCAGGAGAAGGGCAUCGAGGCAAAGAGGUACGUCAUGAAGGUGUUGGCCAAGGACGGCGUGCUCAAGAGGGAUCCCAGGAUGGUCGAGAGGAAGAAGACGGGCAUGUUGAAGGCUAGGAAGGCGUUCACUUGGGUCAAGCGUUGA